GAAAACAUGAGUUCACUCGCAAGGAAGCUGGCAAGAUCAUUACGCGUAUCCCUUCCUUCCACAUCCACUACUUCAUCAGCAGUGGGCGUGGAAGGAAGCUUGAAGAGAUUUUACUCAUCAUCUGUUCCGGUGGAUAGUGGUGAUGAGGGAGAGGGCAUUGAAGGUGAUACAAUUGAUGAUGAUGAUUUUCUGCGUGAAAAGCCAGAGUUACAGAUGCAAGGGGUUGAUCCCAGAAAGGGUUGGGGGUUUCGAGGUGUGCAUAAGGCAAUUAUAUGUGGAAAGGUUGGGCAACCACCUCUGCAAAAGAUCCUCAGGAAUGGUAGAACUGUUACCAUCUUCACUGUUGGGACAGGAGGCAUGUUUGAUCAAAGAACAAUUGGAGCCAAAGAUUUGCCAAAACCAGCUCAAUGGCAUCGUAUUGCUGUACACAAUGACGCACUCAGUGCUUAUGCAGUUCAACAACUUGCCAAGAACUCUUCAGUUUAUAUCGAGGGUGAUAUUGAAACCAGAGUUUACAAUGACAGUAUCAAUGGAGAAGUUAAAAACAUACCAGAGAUCUGCAUUCGUCGUGAUGGAAAAAUUCGUCUCUUCAAAACAGGAGAAAGCAUUAGCAGUAUAUCUUUUGAUGAACUACGCGAAGGAUUGAUUUAACUGACGGUCACUCGGUACAUGACAAACGUCAACUUCGCUGAAGAACCCUAAAAGGUGAAGCAAAUUUAAAGAAAGCUUACCAAAGGGCAGAUAAGUUUGCAACCAAACCAGGAGGAUGGUGUUGCCUUAAAUCUUGAUUUGACCCACAUUCUUGCUUUCAAGAUUUAUCCCACAUGUUUCUGCAAUGUGGUUUCAUGUUCUUUGUUUGUUUUUGUUUCUUCUCAUCACCCACUUAUUAUGCUGACAUGUGGUGUUUGUAAUUCUUGUUAAGUUCAACCUUUAGGGGCCGUUUGGUUCGCGGAAUUCGAAGGAAUUUGAC